UCUUUAAGUGGGUCCGUCGGCGCCAUAGUGCCGCGCAGAUCCCCAGCCCAGGGUUCCGGUUGCGGCUAGUACCUCGGAGUCCCGGUGUCACCCGGCGGGUCCGGGGCUCCGGGCCGUGCCGGUGCGGGCGCCGGCAUGUGGCUGUGGGAGAACCAGGGCGGCCUCCUGGGCCCCUUCUCCUUCUUGCUGGUGCUGCUGCUGCUGGUAACGCGCAGCCCCUUCAACGCCUGCCUGCUUACAGGCAGCCUCUACGUCCUGCUGCGGCUCUUCAGCUUCGAGCCGGUGCCGUCCCGCCGGGCCCUGCAGGUGCUCAAGCCCCGCGACCGCGUGUCCGCCAUCGCCCACCGCGGCGGCAGCCACGACGCGCCCGAGAACACGCUGGCCGCCAUCCGGCAGGCAGCUAAGAAUGGAGCAGCAGGUGUGGAGUUGGACAUCGAGUUUACCUCUGAUGGGAUUCCUGUCUUAAUGCACGAUAACACAGUAGAUAGGACAACGGACGGCACUGGUCGCCUAUGUGAUAUGACAUUUGAACAAGUUAGGAAACUUAACCCUGCAGCAAAUCACAGACUCAGGAAUGAUUUCCCUGAUGAAAAGAUCCCUACCCUGAGGGAAGCCGUCAUAGAAUGCCUGCACCAUAACCUCACAGUCUUCUUUGAUGUCAAAGGCCAUGCAGACAUGGCUGCUGAUGCUCUUAAGAAUAUAUAUAUGGAAUUCCCACAACUAUACAAUAGUAGUAUAGUUUGCUCCUUCUUGCCAGACGUUAUCUAUAAGAUGAGAAAAACAGAUCAGAAAGUAAUAACAGCUCUAACGCACAGACCUUGGAGCCUGAGCCAUACGGGAGAUGGGAAGCCUCGAUACAAUACUUUCUGGAAGCAGUCCGUGUUUGUGGUGAUGGACAUCCUGCUGGAUUGGAGCAUGCACAAUGUCUUGUGGUACCUGUGUGGAAUUUCAGCUUUCCUCAUGCAGAAGGAUUUCAUCUCCCCGGACUAUUUGAAGAAGUGGUCAUCUAAAGGAAUCCAGGUUAUUAGUUGGACUGUCAAUACCUUUGAUGAAAAAAAUUACUAUGAAUCCCACCUUGGGUCCAGCUACAUCACUGACAGCAUGUUGGAAGACUGUGCGCCUCACUUCUAGACGUCCCCUGGGAGGAAACACUGGUGGCCUUGCGCAGAGACCUUAGAACUUCUGUUAGCCGAGCUCAGGAUCAGAGGUGUCAUAAGCAGUAGUCAGUCAUUGCAUUGUUAUCCCAAGAAGCUGAAACCUGGUGUUCCACCAUGCUUCGUGGAAGGGUUCUACAGGAAGGGUUCUACACUAUUGCUCUUGAAAAUCUGGAUCUGAACAAAGACACAGAGGUCCUGCCCCAACCAAGCGGAGGGGUGCACCCAGACCUAGUGAGGAUGAGCACAAAGUGGGUCCUGCGGUGAGGGGUGCUUGUGAAGAUACGUGAGACUUGCAUGAUCACUCAGAGUUGACAUUUUAAAACUUGCCACACGUAAUUCACUAAUUUCAAAUAUUUGUCUUCAGCUCUGUUAACAUAUGUACUAUAAAUGUCAAACUUGUGACCACACUAAUAAAAUCAUUAAAAGGUGCACAAACAGAAAACUGUGCACCAAGCCUCUUGU